CCAGCAUUGUCUAUUCCGAGGUCAUAUGAGGGAACCUCUGUGUUAAGCGCUGCAUUAGGGCCAUAUACCCAUUGCCUACCAUCUGCUGCUUUGGCCUGGAUUGGCAUUUGUUCAUGCACCACAGUGUCAUUUGUUACUUCAUUGUCUUGGUCUGCUGCCGCGACCAGUCCUUCCAGAUUCUUAAUCGCCGGGACAAAUGGCCGAACGUGGUGAAAAUGGCGACUCUUCUCCGGACUCUUCAGGGGAAGCUAGCAAAAUGUCAGCGUCAAAUAUAACAGGUUAAUCGGAUCAUUCAUAAUCAGUGUGGCCGAUGAUGAGUCAAUAACACUCAAGUCUCGUAGUGAAGGCUCUAAAUAACAGUGUUAAGUUAUGUGGCCGCUGACAAAAAAGUUCUUUAAAUUUUGUUAAGUUCUGCGGCUGGCAACAAGAAAGUUCUUUAAAAUCUGUUCCCGUGCCCACUUGGCUCCCUGGUAUCCACAUGUGGCCUACAGUAGCAUAUAUUAGCCACGUGCCUGCUCCCAUUGUGUUGACAUUGGAUUCCAUCCAUGCAUGAGAGGUGGAUAGGUGCCUCCUCCCCCGGUAGAUGCCUCCCUUGGCCACCCUUCUGGCCGCACCAUGUGUCUUAGCUCUGUGACUAUUGACUGAUGUGCACAUCGCCAUGCCUUGGCCGUACUGGGCCGCGCCGCGCGGGUACUAGUACGCUGCGCAUGGGCAUUAGUAUAAGGUGGCGUGCCCCUCCACCCUCACAGCUUCAUCUUUGUCAUGGCAAAUCGAGCCAACUCUACCCCUGAGCUGUUCACCGGCCAAGUAAUUAUGGAUCCGCGCCCCAACUCAUCUGGUACAUCGUCCAUCAAUACCGCUCCAUCGUCUCUAAGGCCCCUAACUAUUAAGAUGCUGCUUGAUUCUUUCUUCGAGGACACUGAACGCUAUCCAUUAAUCAUCGACGGCAUGCCAGUGUCAUCGGCAUGGUCAGAAACAAAUCACUCAGCAUGGAUCACUGCACGUUCGACCUAUAUGAUGGCACUGGGUCCGUUAAUGUAUACUUCUGGUUUGAUGGCCGUCAAGACUCCAAGGAUGCUUGGUCGUUCAAGUCAGCACAUAUUUUUCAUUAUUAACACCUUCGGUUAUUCCAUUGCAGUUAUGUUCACAUCAUACCUUCUCACUCAUUUUCUUCUUACAAACAGCGAAGGCAUGUAUGUACGUGUUGUUGGGAGGGCUACCAGUUUGGAGCAAUUUUUCCAAAUCAAAGCCUACAUGGUCAGGACCGUAAAGAACUUCAAUGAUAUAACCCAUCACUUUAUCUACUGCAUCAAGGCCCAUAUCAAUAUUUCUAAGCAGAGCAGACUAAAGCUUCAGGAAAAUUCC